ACUAACCAUAGACAAUCCCUGCACUCAAACUACGCGCACGACCAUGUCGACAGCUGUGCUAGCUCAGCUGCACAUGGAGUCACAUUCAUCGGCUGAACCAGUCCAUUGUCUGCCCACGACUGUAGGCAGACACAUAUAUAUCCCCAAUAUGAGCCAUGCAUGACCCGAAACCCCUUUGCGACCAAACACCUUCCAUUAUCCUGCGUGAUUGUGCAUCACCACCAGCUAUCAAAAAUGAAAGAGAUGCGGGAGUCCCAAUUUACCAUGAAGAGCAGCGAGACUGACAAUGGCUCUUCAAGAGACUUCGAGGUGACCAGACCAGUCAUCGCAACCUGGCGGCUGGCCAUAAUCCUCCUCUGGUAAGGUCCUAUAAAUACGCGAUAUUACGCGUUGGAGAUGCAUCGUGCUCGAGGAUGCUGAACACAAGGCACCACUAGCAUCGCCGUCGGUCUGUUCCUGUCACUGAUGGAUACGACCAUCGUCUCGACGAUGCUCUAUACCAUCUCAGAUGAGUUUGGCGGGUUUCGAAUGUCGUCGUGGAUUGUCCUCGCCUACACAUUGUCCUAUGUCGGCUGCGCCGUAUUUAUAGCCCGGGUGUCAGAUGUGAUUGGCAGGAAGAUCACCCUCUUCACCUGCUUUCUCAUCUUCCUCGCCGCGUCCAUGGCGUGUGCAGCUUCCAAGAAUCUCAACCAACUGAUCAGUUUCCGAGCCGCCCAGGGUAUUGGUGGUUCCGGACUGUAUGCCAUGGCGAUGAUAAUCUAUCCAGAAAUCAGUCCACCGGCGCUACUACCCAUCAUCUCAUCGAUUGUCGGGGUCAUUGUGGCGCUGGCGGGUAUCAGUGGACCGCUCAUAGGUGGGCUUCUAACCACUUAUACCUCCUGGCGAUGGGCAUUCUGGAUCAAUGGUCCUUGUGCCUUUGUCCCGGCCGUUGCCCUAUUCCUGGUCUGGCCGAGCGAUUUCCACGCCACGAAGAAUGCCCGUUUCAAGCAUCUCGACUACCUUGGUACUCUGCUUAUCAUGCUCGGCAGCGUACUGUUCGUGUUCAUUCUCAACCAGGCGGCCAUCCGCGUCUACGCGUGGAAGAGCCCUCCCGUCAUCUUGACCAUUGUGAUUUCUGGUCUUGCAUGGAUAGCACUGGUCUGCUGGGAGUGGAUCGUGUCGAGGCAUCCCAAGCUCCGGCACCUUCGCCCUCAGCUACCCUUCCGACUUCUGGCUGAUAGAGUCAUGCUGGCGGGAUUCCUGAGCACCAUGUUAACCGGGUUCGUCAUGCUGCUCGUUAUCGUCAACAUCCCGCUCCGCGCGCAACUCGUCAACCUCAAGGACGCGAUCGGGUCCGGGGUUCUCCUUCUGCCUCUAAUGGGAAGCACGGCCGUCGGCUCGGCACUGGGGGGCGCCGCCUCCGCCAAAAGGAACAAUACCUUCUGGACAUUGAACCUGGCCAGCAUUUUCAUGCUCAUCGGUAGCGCCCUUCUGUCCACGCUUUCUGACUCCGUGGACCCUGUCCCGCAGCAAUACAUCUUCGAAGCAAUCCUCGGCUUCGGGCUGGGGUUGAGUCUCUCCACGAUGACCUUCCUGACGUCCAUGCAGGUGGAGUUUGAGGACCACGCCGUUGCACAGGGAGUCGUUGCGCAGCUGCGGAUCUUCGGCGGCAGCGUCGGCAUCGCAGCCAGUUUCAUUGUCUUCAACCACAAGAUCCAGGAGGCGCUCACCGGUGUGCUGACUCAAGCGCAGCUGGAUGACUUCUACCGCUCGCCAACGGCCAUCUUCAGAUUCUCCGUGACUCAGCAAUUGCUUGUUCGGCAGACCUAUAUCGACGUGUUCAACAUCGACAUGCGAGUCUGUGCUGGGAUCUCGGCUGCGUGCCUGGUUGCCACGCUGUUCACCUUCCAACGCCGUCCGCAAUCGAUCAAGGAGCGGCUUGCGGACUUAGAGGAGGCCUAUGCACGCACUGAGGCUGCGACAGCAGCGGCUGCAGAUGAGAGAUAAAAGACAGGCCUGGGUAGUGGAAUGGAACGCCUGGCUACGGUAGCGAUGCUUAAGACUUGUUUGGGCUCAAGUGGAAGGCAAAUGGCUCGUCGGUAUACUUCUAUUUUCGUUUAUCCUACGGAAAUCCUUUAUCAACGGACAGAUAUAGAAAUUGAUACUGCUCUUCCAAUCAGCUCUUUGCUCAUGUAGCUAUUUGAACCAACCGUUUAUAUCUCAA